GAGGCGGACUUCAUCCUCACUGCACCAAUGACACGCUGAAGGGGUCAAAGUUGAAGGGUUAAAUCCAAUAUGGCGGCUAACAAACGAGUGUUGUAUGUUGGUGGCCUGGCAGAGGAGGUGGACGAGAAGGUGUUACAUGCAGCUUUUAUUCCGUUUGGAGACAUCACUGACAUCCAGAUACCAUUAGACUAUGAAACAGAAAAGCAUAGAGGAUUUGCGUUCAUUGAGUUUGAAUUGGGAGAGGAUGCUGCAGCAGCUAUUGAUAACAUGAAUGAGUCUGAGCUUUUUGGACGGACAAUCCGGGUCAACACCGCCAAGCCCAUGAGAAUCAAGGAAGGUUCUUCUCGACCAGUGUGGUCGGACGAUGACUGGCUGAAGAAGUUCUCAGGAAAGACCACAGAGGAGGCUGAGGGGGAAGCAGCGGCUGGAGAGACAACCAACACAGCAACAGAGGAGGCUGAGCCCCCGGCUAAAAAGGGAAGAGUUAAUCCUCAGGUCUACAUGGACAUCAAGAUUGGAAACAAGGCAGCAGGGAGACUACGCUUCCUCCUUCGGGCUGACAUUGUUCCCAUGACAGCAGAGAAUUUCCGCUGCCUGUGCACACAUGAGAAAGGAUUUGGCUUCAAGGGCAGCAGCUUUCAUCGCAUCAUCCCUCAGUUUAUGUGCCAAGGAGGUGACUUCACCAACCACAACGGCACUGGUGGCAAAUCCAUCUACGGUCGGAAGUUUGAUGAUGAAAACUUUGUCCUCAAGCACACCGCGCCAGGGCAGCUCUCCAUGGCCAACUCCGGGCCAAACACUAACGGCUCUCAGUUCUUCAUCACUAAUGACAAAACAGACUGGCUGGAUGGCAAACAUGUGGUGUUUGGAGAUCUGGUGGAGGGGAUGGAUGUUCUCCGUGCAAUGGAGGCUCAGGGAAAUAAAGACGGCAAGCCCAAGCAGAAAGUCAUCAUCUCUGACUGUGGAGAAUAUGUUUGAACAAAAAAGAAUUGUGUGCUUGGAUGUGUAUGUAUCAUAUGUGUCUAUGGAGCCAGUGAAUGUCGGAGUGUGUUCAUGGUCUUUUGUACUUUGAGCCCACAUCAUCUGCCAUGUAAAUAUUUCAAUAAACUUGUUUUUGUUUUAUAAAGAAA